AUGGAGGAAGGGGAAGGUGGGCAGACGGUUUCAGAGGCCCAAGGGAUACCAGCUGCUAUGCCAGGCACUGAGGAACCUAAGACAAACCAAUCCUGGUUCCGGUCCUUGAGUUCCCGGCCCAGUGGAGGAGACCAACAGACCAUGGCAGCGGUGACCAUGUCGGUGCCUGGGCGGAAGGUGCCCUCCAGGCCGGGCCCGGUGCCUGAGGCAGCCCAGUCGUUUCUGUUUGCGCCCAGCGGGCCCAGCGUGGGUGGCGGGCCUGGGAGCUCGGGCACCUCCCCACAGGUGGAGUGGACGGCCCGGCGCCUCGUGUGGGUGCCUUCGGAGCUCCAUGGGUUCGAGGCCGCGGCGCUGCGAGAUGAGGGAGAGGAGGAGGCCGAGGUGGAGCUGGCGGAGAGCGGGCGGCGGCUGCGGCUUCCACGGGACCAGAUCCAGCGCAUGAACCCCCCCAAGUUCAGCAAGGCGGAGGAUAUGGCUGAGCUGACCUGCCUCAAUGAGGCCUCGGUCCUGCACAACCUUCGGGAGCGAUACUACUCAGGCCUCAUCUAUACAUACUCCGGCCUUUUCUGUGUGGUCAUCAACCCAUACAAGCAGCUUCCCAUCUACACGGAGGCCAUUGUGGAGAUGUACCGGGGCAAGAAGCGCCACGAGGUGCCUCCCCAUGUGUAUGCGGUGACCGAGGGGGCCUACCGAAGCAUGCUCCAGGAUCGUGAGGAUCAGUCCAUUCUCUGCACUGGGGAGUCUGGAGCUGGGAAGACGGAAAACACCAAGAAGGUCAUCCAGUACCUUGCCCAUGUGGCAUCCUCGCCAAAGGGCAGGAAGGAGCCAGGUGUCCCUGCGUCCACCAGCAACAUGUCUUAUGGGGAGCUGGAGCGGCAGCUUCUUCAGGCCAAUCCCAUCCUGGAGGCCUUUGGCAACGCCAAGACAGUGAAGAAUGACAACUCCUCCCGAUUCGGCAAAUUCAUUCGCAUCAACUUUGACGUUGCCGGGUAUAUCGUGGGCGCCAACAUUGAGACUUACCUGCUGGAGAAGUCACGAGCCAUCCGCCAGGCCAAGGAUGAGUGCAGCUUCCACAUCUUCUACCAGCUGCUUGGAGGCGCUGGAGAACAGCUCAAAGCUGACCUCCUCCUUGAGCCCUUCUCCCACUACCGCUUCCUGACCAAUGGGCCGUCGUCCUCUCCUGGCCAGGAGCGGGAGCUCUUCCAUGAGACACUGGAGUCCCUGCGGGUCCUGGGAUUCACCCAUGAGGAAAUCACAU